CAACAGAAACUACAAUGGCGCAGAAACCUCUCAAAGUCCUCAUAUCAGGCGCUGGCGUGGCUGGCUCAUCUCUGGCCUUGAUGCUUGCGCGACAUCCCAAACUCACCACCAAGCCCAUUGUCACCCUCAUCGAGAGAUCACCAGUUCCCCGCACUACCGGACAGGCCAUUGAUAUCCGGGGCCCUGGAGUCGGUGUGAUUCGAAAAAUAGGUCUCGAGGAGAAGAUUCGCGAGAAGCAUACGACUGAAAAGGGAAUUUCAAUUUUGGGCAGGCAGGGCAAGGAAAUUGCGCGACUCGACGCAACUGGGGAGACGGACAACCAGAGCUUUGCGACGAGCGAGUACGAAGUGCUGAGAGGGGAGCUGGUGCAGGUUUUGAUGGAUGAGAUUCAGCUGACAAAAGAGGCUUCAAGUUCUGGAAAUGGCGUGUAUACUGUGUACGGCGAGAUGAUUGAGUCAUUGAAACAGGAUGACGACGGAGUCAUGGUCAACUUCGCGAACGGAAAAGUCGAUGCCCAAAAGUUUGACAUGGUUAUCGCAGCAGAUGGCAUGGGCUCCAAAACCAGAUCAAUGAUCUUCACAGACAAAGCGUACCAAUCGACAGAGUGCACCGCAUCUCUGGGGUGGUACAUUGGUUACUUCUCCGCGCCCCGACAAGAGUUUGAUUCAGACUACUGGCGCUGGUACCAUGCUCCUGGCGGAUUGUGUAUCCACGUGCGACCUCACCGUAACAAACAGACGGUUGGUGUGUAUCUCUCGGUUGUUAAUUCAGAAAGAAGACGAUACCCGGAAUACGACGAGAUACUCGCCCAAGGUGUGGAAGCGCAGAAGGCCCUGCUUCGCAAACGCUUUCAAGACAUCGGUUGGAAAACCAACCACUAUCUAGAUGAGAUGGAUAGGGCAGACGAUUUCUACAUGCAACAGACCGCUCAAGUCCGAACGCCCAAAUGGACCAACGGACGAAGUGCCAUCAUCGGAGACGCAGCGCAUUGCACCAUGGGUAUUGGGACUUCUCUGGCAUUCAUGGACGCGUAUAUAAUAUCCGGGGAGCUUUCCAAAAUGGAGUCAAAUAGCAGCGAAGAAAUUGCUGCAGCGCUGGAGCGGUACGAAAGUGUUCUCCGAGGAUACUAUGAAAAGAACUCGAAAAUGCCAGCGGGUUUCCCGCAAUUGGCAAAUCCUCAGACUCAGACUGGAGUCGCUGUUCUGCAUACGGUAAUGAAGGUUAUGAAUGUGCUCAAGCUUGAUAAGUUGAUGCAAGGAGCGUUUGAUCAAGACGAAAAGUCAUGGAAGUUGCCAGAGUACGGUUGGUGAUUUGCGACGGAUGGUACGAAUUGUGAACGAAGGAUGGUAUUUUUGUUGUUUUUGGUUACCUAUACUUAUUUUUUCCCGUAGCAUCUUUUUUCUUAGGCAACUGCGCUUCAUAAUGUAAGAUCAUCCUCAGACACCGUAAUACAAACUCGAUUAAUUCAACUGUUAGAGCCAUAGAGCAUUCGAAGACGCCAUCAAGGACAUUAGUCCAGAGCGACUACAGCAAAAAUCAUGGACUCAAUCCAACACAGCGACAUGGUUCCAGUCUCCACUCCACUCCAGGGACAUAAAACCCGGAUCAGGAGCCUCCCAACCUUCUUUGUAGCUACAACUCGGACUCAGAGGCCCCGAAAAACACCAUCUUGGUGCCUGGUGGCCCUCCAUAGUGGAAGCCUCAGCCGCCCUCGACGCCUUCCGGCACGGGGCUCCCAUGUAAACUUGAGAAGGACAUAGGCUAUAUGUAUAGUGAUUGCAACUAUUUUCGCCAAUCACGAUUCCCAUUCCCUGCCGCAUUUUUAGCCAUGGACAUCAUGUCUCCAACCAACCACGCAAAUCAACGACGUAGGCAUCUUAGCCGACCGCAAGAACUUCCGUCAGAUUCUCGAUUUCGUAGCAGGGAGGUUGUCCCUCGGCGAUUGGAAUUUCGUGUUUUCAAACAACAUGCUCCUUAUCGUGAAGACAGAAUUCACCUCCAAGAGACACGCAGUCGGCUACGGGCACAAUUUCGAGAAAGGUCACGUAUGCUUUUCCCGGAAUGGAAGAUGCAACAAGCCACUAUAGACUGAUCAAACAGAGAAUGGCCGCUAGUUCGAAGUCUGAAAACACUGUAAAGAUCUUAGGGACGUUCCGACAGUAUAAGAAGCAAGAUGGCAGAACGAGAUCCUAUACUCUUGUCGAUUAUGCGCCCACAAGGGACUAGCUGCCGAUGCUUUCAAGCAGCCCUG